AUGGAGCAGAGCUCUGCUUUCCACAACUUCUCAACACCUUCUGGUUCUGAAGCCGUGCUCCUGCCCAUCCUGAUGUCCUCCGUCUCUGUGCUCACUGUGACUCUCAACCUGCUGGUCAUCAUCUCAGUCUCACACUUCAGGCAGCUUCACUUUCCCUCAAACCUCCUCCUCUCUCUGGCCGUCUCAGACGUCCUCGUGGGCCUCGUUGUGUUGCCCGGUGACAUUUUACAACAUUCAGACUGCUGGUUUUUUGGUGACCUCAUGUGUUCUGUGUAUAAUUUUGUGUCCUUAAUCAUUAUCUGUGCCUCAGUAGGAGACAUGGUCCUCAUAUCAGUGGACCGUUACAUUGCCGUUUGUCAUCCUCUGCAAUACUCUGCCAGAGUCACUGUGAGAAGAACCUCACUGUGCAUUUGUCUGUGCUGGUUUUAUUCUCUUUUCUACACCAGUUUGGUUACCAAAGCUGAGCUGAGUCAACACGACAGCUAUCAUUCCUGCCGUGGGCAGUGUUUCAUUCCCUUUAACAAGACCACCGGACUUGUUGACCUCGUUGUGAACUUUAUCGGUCCCGUCUCUGUCAUCAUGGUUCUGUACGUGAGAGUGUUUGUGGUGGCUGUGUCUCAGGCUCGUGCCAUGCGCUCUCACGUUACAGCGCUCACACACAAACCAUCAGGGAACGUAAAAACCAAGAAAUCAGAGCUGAAAGCAGCCAGGACUCUGGGUGUCGUUGUCGUCGUGUAUCUAAUGUGUUUCUGUCCAUUUUAUUGUUUCUCUCUUGCAGUUGACCUUGCUCUCAGUUCUCCGGUGGGGGCGUUCAUGAGCUAUCUCUUCUGUUUUAACUCCUUUCUGAACCCUCUGAUCUAUGCUUUGUUCUACCCCUGGUUCAGAAAAUCCAUUAAACUCAUUGUUACAGGUCAGAUCCUGAAGCCUGGAUCCUCUGAGGACAACGUACGGUGA